AUGGACCAUUCGGCCAACUCACACUAUGGCUAUUUUGGAAACCAUAUCUCUACGACCAAGUACAACUUCGCUACAUUCAUACCGAAGUUCUUGUUUGAGCAAUUCAGCAAGUACGCGAACUUGUUCUUUCUCUUUACAUCGAUUAUCCAGCAAGUUCCCAACGUUUCUCCGACUAACAGGUACACAACAAUUGGGACAUUGACUGUAGUUUUGCUUGUUUCUGCCAUCAAAGAAAUCUCUGAAGAUAUCAAGAGAGCUAAUGCGGACAAGGAGUUGAACAAUACGAAAGUUUUGGUGCUAGACUCGCAGACUGGUUCGUUUGCGUUGAAGAAGUGGAUUCAAGUUCAAGUAGGUGACAUUGUAAGAGUAGAUAAUGAGCAGCCUUUCCCAGCCGAUUUGCUUCUUUUGAGCUCUUCAGAACCCGAAGGCUUGUGCUACAUUGAAACAGCAAACUUGGAUGGUGAAACCAACUUGAAAAUCAAACAGGCUCUUGAAAACACAGCGUAUCUUGUAAAUCCACGUGACUUGGUCAGCGAUAUGUCCAAGUCUGAGAUCAUGUCUGAGCCUCCUAACUCGUCAUUAUACACCUAUGAAGGUAAUUUGAAGAACUUUGGAUCCAACGGAGACAUCCCCUUAUCGCCCGAACAGUUGUUGUUGAGAGGUGCCACGUUGAGAAACACCCAGUGGAUUCAUGGGGUUGUAGUCUUCACAGGACACGAGACCAAGUUGAUGCGUAAUGCCACGGCGACACCUAUCAAGCGAACUGAUGUUGAGAGAAUCAUCAACUUGCAGAUCGUAGCACUUUUUUGCAUUUUGAUCUUCUUAGCCUUGGUUUCGUCUAUAGGCAAUGUAGUCAAGAUCCAAGUCAAUAGUUCUAGCUUGAGCUAUUUAUAUUUGGAAGGGGUCAGUCGCGCCAGAUUGUUUUUCCAGGGUCUUUUGACGUACUGGAUCUUGUUCUCGAACUUGGUUCCGAUCUCAUUGUUUGUCACAGUAGAAAUCAUCAAGUACUACCAAGCCUUUAUGAUAGGUAGUGAUCUUGACAUGUACUUCCCGGACACAGACACUCCUACAGGGGUGAGAACAUCGUCUUUGGUAGAAGAGUUGGGUCAGAUUGACUACAUUUUCAGUGACAAAACAGGUACAUUGACAAGAAACAUAAUGGAAUUCAAGAGUUGCACCAUUGGAGGCAGAUGUUACAUUGACGAAAUCCCCGAAGAUGGACAGGCUCAAGUGAUAGAUGGAAUCGAGAUAGGCUACCAUACCUACGAUCAGAUGCAAAGAGAGUUGUUAGACACCUCUCUGCAGCAUUCCGCCAUCAUUAAUGAGUUCUUCACUCUCUUAAGUACCUGUCAUACUGUAAUUCCAGAAGUAGACGAUACUACUGGACACAUCAAGUACCAGGCAGCUUCCCCAGAUGAAGGUGCGUUGGUUCAGGGUGCGGCUGAUUUGGGUUAUAAGUUUAUAAUUCGUAGACCCAAGGGCGUAACCAUUGAGAAUACUAUCACGCUGGUGAAGUCUGAGUAUGAGUUGUUGAACAUUUGUGAGUUCAACUCUACCAGAAAGAGAAUGUCGGCUAUUUUUAGAUGUCCAGAUGGUAUCAUCAGACUAUUCUGCAAAGGUGCUGACACUGUCAUCUUGGAAAGAUUGUCUCAAGAUGAACCUCAGCCAUUUGUAGAUGCUACUUUACGUCAUUUGGAAGAUUUCGCAGCUGAAGGGUUAAGAACGCUCUGUAUAGCUUCUAGAAUUGUCUCAGACGAGGAGUACCAGAAUUGGGCUAGCCAGUAUUAUGAAGCUUCUACCUCUUUAGACGAUAGAAGUGGCAAGUUAGACGCAGUUGCUGAGUUGAUAGAGACUGGUUUAUUUUUGUUGGGUGCCACGGCUAUCGAAGACAAGCUCCAGGAUGGUGUACCAGAGACUAUAAGCACGUUACAGACUGCUGGGAUCAAGAUCUGGGUCUUGACUGGUGACAGGCAGGAAACUGCCAUCAACAUUGGUAUGUCAUGUAAGCUUUUGAGUGAAGAUAUGAACUUGUUGAUUAUCAAUGAGGAAACUAAGAGCGACACCAGACUAAACUUGCAAGAGAAGUUGACUGCUAUCCAAGACCAUCAGUUCGAAAUGGAUGAAGGAGCCUUGGAAUCCUCUUUGGCUUUGAUUAUCGAUGGUCACUCGUUGGCAUUUGCGUUAGAGCUGGAUUUGGAAGACUUGUUCAUAGACCUUGGUUCCCGUUGUAAAGCAGUCAUCUGUUGUCGUGUGUCGCCGUUACAGAAAGCUUUGGUGGUUAAGAUGGUCAAGAGAAAGAAGAAACAGUCUUUAUUAUUGGCUAUUGGAGAUGGUGCUAACGAUGUUUCUAUGAUCCAGGCUGCUCACGUUGGUGUAGGAAUCAGUGGUAUGGAAGGUAUGCAGGCUGCUAGAAGUGCUGAUAUCUCUAUUGGUCAGUUCAAGUUUUUGAAGAAGUUGUUGUUGGUUCAUGGUUCAUGGUCAUACCAACGUAUUUCCAACGCUAUCUUAUACUCGUUCUAUAAGAACAUCACUUUGUACAUGACUCAGUUCUGGUUUGUUUUCACUAAUGGUUUCUCGGGACAAUCUCUUAUUGAGUCUUGGACGUUAACCUUCUACAACGUUUUCUUCACUGUAUUCCCGCCUUUCGUGUUGGGUGUGUUUGACCAGUUUGUCAGUGCUAGAUUGUUGGAUAAGUAUCCUCAAUUGUACCAGUUAGGAGUACAGAGAAAGUUUUUCAAUGUGACUAUCUUCUGGGGCUGGAUCAUUAAUGGGUUCUACCACUCCGCCCUCAUUUUCUUGUGUUCUUUCUUCAUCUAUAGAUUUGGAAAUGUGCUUCCUACUGGUUUGAUUGCUGAUAACUGGACUUGGGGUACGGCUGUAUUCACCACUUGUACCUUAACUUCUUUGGGUAAGGCAGCACUAGUAGUGACAAUGUGGACCAAGUUCACGUUAAUCGCCAUUCCUGGCUCGUUUUUGUUCUGGUUGGCCUUCUUCCCAGCUUAUGCAAGCAUUGCUCCAAACAUCAAUGUUUCUCAGGAGUAUAGAGGUGUUUUGCGGGCGACUUACCCUACCAUAGUGUUCUGGUCGAUGGUGUUUGGUUUAGCUUGUCUUUGUUUGCUUCGUGACUUGGCUUGGAAGUACUACAAGCGAAGCUACACUCCCGAGAGCUACCACUAUGUUCAAGAAAUUCAGAAAUACAACAUCCAGGACUACAGACCUAGAAUGGAACAGUUCCAGAAGGCUAUUAGAAAGGUCAGACAGGUACAAAGAAUCAAGAAGCAAAGAGGAUUUGCCUUUUCACAAGUGGAAAACCAAGAUCAAGAGAAGAUUGUCAGAUUGUACGAUACCACCAAGAAGAGAGGUGUUUUUGGUGAGUUGUCAGAGAGCUAA